CUCAGUCAGAAACUCCACUCCUGUUGCUCAACACGCAGUAAGUUUGCGGACUGAAGCUGCAACAAAAGAGGCUCCUUCCUUUCAGCACAUCUGGAACAGAGUGGAAAAGCGAACUCUGUCUGAGAGCAUUUGUAUCACCGGGAUAAAGUCGUAAAAAUCAGAGCUACAUUUCACCGACCAGGGAGUCAAGCUGUAACCUGUCCAUCACCACUGACUGACAGCACCUACUAACUGCAGGAUGCCACUGGGAGGAGGAAACAACUGUGUCUGCUGUAAGAAGACAGUUUACUUCGCAGAGGAGGUGCUCUGUGACGGGGGGAGCUUCCACAAGUCCUGCUUCCUGUGCAUGGUGUGUCGGAAGAAUUUGGACAGCACAACUGUAACUGUUCAUAAGGAUGAAGUUUACUGCAAAGCGUGCUACUCCAAGAAAUACGGGCCAAAAGGCUACGGCUAUGGCCAGGGAGCAGGGACACUGAGCAUGGACAAGGGAGAGUCUCUGGGCAUUACACCUGAAGAACCGGCUCCUCAUCGUCCCACCACCAAUCCAAACCCAUCCAAGCUGGCUCAGAAGUUUGGAGGGUCAGACAAGUGCCCUCGCUGUGGCAAGGUUGUCUACGCUGCAGAGAAAGUGAUUGGAGCUGGGAGUGCGUGGCACAAGCAGGGAUGUUUCACCUGUGCCACAUGUAAGAAGAGCCUUGAGUCAACGACACUAUCUGAUAAGGACGGAGAAAUCUACUGCAAAGCUUGUUAUGGCAAACACUUUGGUCCCAAGGGAUUUGGGUACGGCGUGGGAGCCGGGGCGCUGUCGCACACUCAGUAGAGACCUCACUGGGAUCAACGGUGACCUGUGUCCACAAAGCUGAACUCCUGUUUUCCUCCUGCAGGGGGCAGACUGCUGCACCUGGCAGACACAUAGACACAUGCUUAGAUUAAAAAGCUGCAUUCAAGGAUUGUACAGUGGAAACGAUGACAUCAUCUCUGCCUCAUAAAGGCUCUAAAUGAUCACUAGUGCUGUUACAGUAAAUCUUGACACAUAACCUACACUUAGUACUGAAACAUUACUUGUCGUUUAACGCUGCUUUGAUGAUUUGCACUAUCUGCUCUGUUUCUCUUUCUAACAAUAAUGUAAUGGAGUAAAUGCUGUAUGUUCUGCCUUUCAUUCAGCAUGAUAAUAAAUAAAGUGAAAACAUUUUA